CCGGGACUUAGUCUGAUACCCAGACUACCGGGACUCGUCCUGUUUGGGAACCUGCACGCCGGAAACCUUCCAUCGCAGGGGGAGGCUGUAACUGGUGCGCACAGCAUGAGCGGCGUUGACUUCUCGGAUGCACAUGGCGAUUCAAUCGAGAGAAGCAAUUAAUAUUCUUUCUAUGAAAAACCUCAUCCGAGAUAAAGAUGGAUGGUAUUCUAAGCCUUCCUCCCCAUCGACCCCCUCUCUCCCAAGUUACAUGACAUGUCGUCCUCUGAACCAUCAAUCCCACAAGCUGAAGUUGCCGGACUGGUCAUGCCUGCCGCUGCGAUGGUGAUCACUUCGUUCCGUUUGUUCGUGCGGUGGCGACAAGGCCGUCUCUGGCUGGAUGAUGCCUGGGCAGCGCUUGCCAUGGUAUUCAAUGUCGGUUUUUUGGUAGUAGUCUGGUUGUAUCUGCACGACUACGCUCGAUAUCCUCAAGAUACAAGGGUGGCAUUGUAUUAUAUGGUCGCACAGUUCUUCUAUGCAGUCAUUUGGAUCACGAUUUUAUUCACAGUCGUGCGACUGACCUUCCCUGGUUCGCUAAGGAGAAUGCUAGUGCGCACCGCCUUUGUGUUUUUGAUUGCGUGGAUGGUCCUUGCCGCGCAAAUAUUUUGGACCUGUGCGGUACAGAGUGGUUGGAAAACGGAAUCACGCCCGCAGUGCAGUAUAGGUAGGAACGUUGCCAUUGCGCAGAUAAUCUCUGACGUGCUCAGUGACACCAUUUUAAUAAUAGCACCAUUCCGUCUGAUCUACAGGGUCAGACUCACCAAGGCCCAAAAAAUCCGACUUCUGUCUGUGUUUUCGACAUCUGCUAUUACCACUAUCGUCAGCCUCGUCCACGCAUAUUACGUACUUGCUAAUGCUGGGCUGAAAGUAAUCGUAGCUGCCAUAUUUGAGGAAUCGGUUAGCUUGAUCGUGGCGAACUUGAGCGUGGUUGUCGCUUUCCUAUUCCGCAUCAGUACUGAAGAGUCCACAACCCCCGCUUCGCUGGAGCUCAAGUCCAUAAUCACCUUCGGUUCACAGCCGACUCGGAAAGGCACACAGAACAAUCCUCUCUCAACGCCAUCGAUGGUAGUUGCGAUUGAGACCCAGACAAUACAAAUGGGUGAUUUCAGCAUGUCUGCCAAGCACGAGGCUGGAAGAGAUGGCAAUGAUACCGAAGCUGCAUCCUUUGAAACACUUUCCAAGCCAGGUCUAUUUCAUGACGCUUGAUGUGUUUCAUACCUGUGUUCUUUCCGUGGUUCUUUUUUCCGUUACUGGUUGAAUGAUAUUCCCGUCCUAAGUGAUCACCUUCAGUCAUAUAUCUAUGUAUAGUAUGUACACUACGAUUUUGUGGAUUAUGCAAGUAAGCUCAAUUAUGACGGUAGUCAGCGUGUCCAAUUGCAAUCCAGUUCAAC